GAAGCCGUGGAGGAGACAAUAGAAUCAUAAAAAAAAAAUCAAACUCCUUUUCCUUCCUCAACCACCAAAUCAAUCUCUCUACGUUCCAAAACGGCGUCUAGUUAAUGCCUGGAAGCCACGGAGAGAUCACGGUGGAUGAACAGAACGGAGUCGAUAACGAUCACAAGACGACGACGAGAAGGAGGAAGAAGAAGAAGGAGAAGGAAGAGGACGAGAAUCAAUCAGUAAUACCCUCAAUUUCAAAACCCAGGAAGCGAUUUAUAGAUAAAUUCAGAAAGAAACCCAAAUCACCAAAACGAUCAUCAUCUUCUUCGUCUUCUCGUUCUGGUGGGUCCCAUAAAGGAGGAUGCUUUUCUUUAAGGAGGCGACGGAGAACAGAGGAGGAGGAGGGUUCUCCUUCUUCUCCUGUUUCUGACCCUAACGAUGAAUGCUUUACUCAUGAGAUGUUGAGAGUUAUGUUAGAGACUAAUGAUUUCUUCUCUAAUGACUGUAAUCCACAUCGGUGAUUUUGUGUAAGUUUUUUAUUAAUUG